AUGAGUAUAUCUAGGAGAUCGUCUGGUGGAGUGUCCUCGUCAUAUGAUGGUUCUUUGGGUAAUUUAAUGCCUUUUAUAACUCACUCUGACCCCUUAGAUUCGAAGUAUUUAAGUAGAUCUAUAUUGGAAAUAACUAAAGAUGUGUGCUACUCUAGCAAUGUAAGUAAAGAUAUAUCGAAGGAGCGGUUUUCAUCUCACAAUCAAAGUAAUGAAUCCAUUGAGAAGUACAGAUCCAUGUGUACCGACUCAGUUGGAGAUAAGAAAUCUGUCAGUAUACAAGUGAAUUCGAACAAGGGAGUAGAUAAUGAUGAAAUGAGUAGACCUGGCAUUCCGAGGAGGAGAUUUAGUAUUUCUUAUAUUGGUUCUGAAUCACAACUUAUGAAGGAAGAUGAACUAACUAUUUCUAGCAGUACAAUAAGAAACGAUGAAUCUGAUGAUAAAACUACUCUUAAUACUGGUGAAGGAGGGGAUUUAUGUGAUAAUCCUAGAAAUAAGUAUGACAGGAACAAACUAUGUGCCGGAGAAUCUCAAUCAACUGUGAAGAGGAAAUCGUUUCAGCAUGUACAUCGGUCAAUGAGUCCCAUAGAAGCAAAUCACUUAUUAUGUUUAUUGUUAUCUAAAGAUCCUUGGAGAAGAAAUAAUGGAGGACUUUACAGUUAUAAUAGUAGAGAUCAUUCAUAUCAGUUAAAUACCUUUCAAGAUACAGGUUGCAAGUCAUGGUAUUCUAUUUCUAAUAGGGACUUAAUAGAUCCUUUUUCAGAUAAUAAUAGUUGUAUUCCUCAAUAUACAAGUACAGCUAGAAGAGCAAUGUUUGAAUUAAUUGGAACAUCGGAAACUGCAAGACCCGACCCUGAUUUGUCAGAUAAUGAUUUGUCUCUUCGAUUUAUCAAAGGUACCUUAGUUGUCUGUGAUUUGCACGGGAAGUUACAAUUAAAUAUUGUACCUCCUAUAUUUGGUUAUUUAUAUAAACGCUCAGAUUGCUCUUUUAGUUUCCCUCCCAUGAGAUGGAACAAAAGGUAUGUGGUUGUUCACGAAUGCCACUUGUAUUGGUUUGAUUCCGAGUCAUCAUACAGACUAUUCGGUAUACAUGGAGCACGUGGUAGUGUAAACUUCAUUUUAUUUUAUGCACAGAUGGAUCUUUCACAUAAUAAACACCGUUUUUCUAUUGAAUUUGAAAGCUUGAAGAAAGCUUUGAUUUUUGAAGUUUGUGACAAUACUAUGGAUCGUGGUUUAUGGACAGGAGCUCUUCAAGCACAUUUGAAAAAGGCUAUGGAGAUUAGACAUAGGACAGGGCACCAUAUUGAUUGGAAAGCUUUAGAAGCUGAAGUUGUGCGUAUAAGAACUGAAUCAGGCCUCAAGGGAAAGUUUUGGAGAUGUAUAAAUGAAGCUCACAACCGCAUGUUUGAUGUUAGACCUCCGAAGUCUAGUUUAACAAAUAUUGCAACUACUAAUGAUACAGUUUGGAGCACAGCUAAUCAAAGAAGUGCUUCUUUCUUAUCUACUGGGUCUGCAGCUGGGGUAAUGUCUGCUAAUGGAUGGGUUAGAUGUAGGACAGGAUCAAUUGGUUCAAUUGGAGCUGUGCCAUACAGAAAAUCAUCUAUAGCAGACUCCUCAGAUUGUGUAAUUAUGAGAAAGGAUUCUGUAAAUAUUGGAAUCACUACAUGUUCAGGAGCUAGUGGUACAUAUCCUGGGAAUAGUCGCAGACAUAGCGUUGAAGAUCAAUUUCUAAAAAUAAAAUAA